CGGCCCCCGCCAUGGGCGCCCGGCCGCCGCCGGCCCCGCGCCCCGCCGCCUGAGGCAGCGCGGCCGCACGGGCAGCGCCUCGCCCGCCAGCCCCGGCCCCGCCACCAUGGGGGCCGCCGCGGCGAGCCGGAGCUGCGCCGCGUUCGCCGGCAUCCUCGCGCUGCUCAUGCUCCUUGGCACUGCUGAUGGUCAGUCGAAGCUGACCUCUGAGCAGAAUGCCAUCAGCCUCUCCCCUGGCAAGUACCACCACCUCGACCGUGCCACCAACGAAGAGCUGACCUGUGACAAAUGUCCUGCAGGAACCUACGUGUCUAAGCACUGUACAAAGAGUACCUUAAGAGAGUGCAGCCCUUGUCCAGACGGGACUUUUACCAGGCAUGAGAACGGCAUAGAGCGGUGCCACUCUUGUAGGAAGCCCUGUGAACUGCCAAUGAUUGAGAAAACUCAUUGUACUGCCUUGACUGACCGCGAGUGCACUUGCCUGUCUGGUACGUUUCAGACGAACGAUACCUGCGUCCCUUACACGGUGUGCCCGGUCGGCUGGGGCGUCCGCAAGAAAGGAACCGAGACCGAAGACGUCAGGUGCAAGCCGUGCCCUCGUGGUACCUUUUCUGAUGUGCCUUCUAGUGUGAUGAAGUGCAAACCCUACACUGACUGCUUUGGGAAAAACAUGGUGGUCAUCAAGCCGGGGACGAAGGAGAGUGACAACGUCUGUGGUUCUCCGGCGUCCCUCCCGAACACGGCUUUGGCUUCAUCAAGCACCGAAACGGGUGAGCAGCCCUAUGAAGUUCCACCCACCUCUGAUCUUCCCAAAGGUCUGAACUCCUCAGUUCCCGAUUUCGUCCCGUCUCCGGCGCCGCGCGCCUCCAGCAGCAUGGUGGAGCGGGCGCGCUUCUACAACGAGACCUCGGCCAACGAGACGGGCGGCGCCGGCGGGACCCUGCUGGGCUCGGGCACCAGCAGCCAGGCCCAGAGCUACCGGCACAAGCAGAGCAGCCAGGAGAAGCAGCCGUCCCUGGAGAUGAUGGGGGGCGAGAAGCCCAGCGUCCCCUACAGGCCCCCCCGGCGAGGCUCGCAGAGCGUCCACCAGCACUUCGACAUCAACGAGCACUUGCCGUGGAUGAUCGUCCUGUUCCUGCUGCUGGUCCUGGUGGUCAUCGUGGUGUGCAGCGUCAGGAAGAGCUCACGGACUCUGAAGAAGGGACCCCGGCAAGAUCCCAGUGCCAUCGUGGAAAAAGCUAUUAUGAAAAAGUCCACCACGCCCACACAGAACAGGGAGAAGUGGAUCUAUUACUGCAAUGGGCACGGCAUCGACAUCCUGAAGCUGGUGGCAGCACAGGUGGGCAGCCAGUGGAAGGACAUCUACCAGUUCCUGUGCAACGCCAGCGAGCGGGAGGUGGCGGCCUUCUCCAACGGCUACGCGGCCGACCACGAGCGCGCCUACGCCGCGCUGCAGCACUGGACCAUCCGCGGGCCCGAGGCCAGCCUGGCCCAGCUCAUCAGCGCGCUGCGCCAGCACCGCCGCAACGACGUGGUGGAGAAGAUCCGCGGCCUCAUGGAGGACACGGCGCCGGUGCAGAUGCAGCCCCAGUGGCAAGCGCAGGAGCCCAGCAACGAGGACGUAAAGCUGGAAGGUGAGAAGCUGGCGCUGCCGGUGAGCCCCGGCCCGGUGAGCCCCGCGCCCACGCCCAGCCCCAAGCCCCCCGAGGCAGCCGUGCUCACCGUGGAGCCCUCUCCCUCCGAGAAGAAAUGCUUCUUUGUCGACGAAGCCGAGCCCCUCCUGCGCUGCGACUCCACCUCCAGCGGCUCCUCCGCGCUCAGCCGCACCGGCUCUUUUAUUACCAAAGAAAAGAAGGACACCGUCCUGCGCCAGGUGCGCUUGGACCCGUGCGACCUGCAGCCCAUCUUUGACGACAUGCUGCACAUCCUCAACCCCGAGGAGCUCCACGUGAUCGAGGAGAUCCCGCAGGCCGAAGACAAGCUGGACAGGCUAUUUGAGAUCGCUGGAGUCAAGAGCCAGGAAGCCAGCCAGACCCUCCUGGACUCUGUCUAUAGCCACCUUCCCGAUUUACUGUAGGCACCGGGUCACCGCACGCUCUCCGAAUAUCUGCUAGAGCUAGCUUGGCACUUGUUAAGAUGACCAACAAUGCGCAGGCGGGAUUUGUUGUAGAAUAUACGGCCAGUAUUUUCGUUGAGGUGUCCUUGGUUUUUGGAGGGGGUGCAGUUUGCCAGCCUUGCACCCCUCCACCGUAACUCUAUCGCUCAGUCCAAGUCUUUGCACCCUCUGCCCCCUCCCCGAGCCUCUCUUCUCUGUGUUCUCAUUCCAGUCAGAUCAGCCGAUGCACUUUAAAAAAAAAAGAAAACAAACAAAAAAAUCCAAAACCACAGUUAACAAACUAAAAGACCACAAAUCUGGUGUAAUCUAACACAUCAAAUUGGGGAUUGCUCUGUAACCCCCUUCUGCUAUCAAACCGGUCGCUCGGAGUGAUGUCUCCCACCACCCCCCUUUGCCUCGGGGCAGUAAAUGGCAAAAUCACACAGAAAUCCCACCCCAGUUGUUGCUGGUUACUGUCUCUUAACGCAGCCGAGCUUCCCACCCAAGCUGACUUGUUUUUUUUUUAAAAUGUACUCUUGUUUGGCUCAUAUCCAUUGCUGAGAUUUUACUAGCACGGUUAUUUAUUGUAUGGUUUUCACCUGGACAACGCAUCGCGCUCCUAAUAUGCUACAGCAGAAGCGCUUAAACUACAAGGAGAAGGGUCAAGCCCCACCAACCUUGGAGGCAGUGGGAAGGUCCUUUGCCUCCAUCGAAUGUAAGGAGUUAUCCUGCUUUGCCACGUGUGGGAAUGGUGGGGCCUGAAGGGAGCCGGUGCUGGACGUGGGGAGGCAAAGCCGCCGCUGGUGCCGCUCUCCUCGUGCUGUAAGACAAACCAAGCUAUGCUUUUACACUCGUGUCUCUUGUUUUUUUAUACAGACGUGGCCGAUAAGUUCUCCAAAGACCUUAUGUGGUCUCAAUAGUCUCUUCAAAUCACACUUCACUUUUUAUUAAAAGAGGUCGGGGGUGGGGGGUGUGGGGGACAAAAAGCUGCAUCGUAAGAAGUCUGUCUGAUUAUAUUUGCAAUUAUUAUGCUCCCAUAACGAACAGUCUGUACUACGCUCAAUUUGAAAAAAUAAUGGUAUGAGGGUGGCAUGAGCUGCCCCGGGGGAAGGGAUGGGAGGGAGGGAAGAGGGGAAUGAAUUGAAAAAUUGCCUUCCGGUGUACUAAUUUAUUAAUAAACUAGGUGUUUGUUACUUGACACGGUUCUGCGUUAACCUCCUUAACAGCUGCCUCUGCUCGGGUUGGGGCAGGGGCGUGCUUGGGGUGCCCGUGGUGAUGAGGGGGAUUUUGGAGGUUGGGGGUUGUGAGGAGGCAGCUUUGAGGCCAAAACGUGAUUGCUUUCUCUUGGUAGCACUGCCUUGAAUCCCCAUGGUCGCUGCUGGAGCUCCCUGCAGGUCCCCACCCUGGGCUGGGGCAGGGGACCUGUGCUAAUCCCCAUAGCAGUGACAGAUCAGAUGGCUGGUGGGGCUUCCAGGCUUGGUUUUUGCAAGCUCUCAAAGGCUUUGUGGGCAUUUUGGGAAGGCUGAAGUAUUAAUUUUCCAGGAAGCAGCUGCUGUGCUGAGUCACUCCUGAGCGAAGGUCUUGCAGUCACAGCAUUUCUGUCACUGAUACAUUACCCGUGUCCUUAAAGUCUACACUUCCAAAUAACUCAUCCCUUGUUACUCUGUCUUCGAAUUGAAUCCUUAAUGGGACAAAUGCUUCUGGUUUAUAAGACUGUCAUUUUGUUUACUUGGCUUCAGAGUGAUUUCUGUUACCCAGGGUGCUCUGUUUCCUUCUGGCUGGCACUGGAAAUGGCUGGUGCAGAACUAUACAUAGGUACAUGAUUAAAACUUUUCAACACAUGCACAGAUGAAAUACAGUGAAAAAUAGCAAGAGCCUUUAUUGGGAGCUAUGGGGUGGAGUUUUCCCUCAAUGGCAAUGGAACAUUUAGUUCUUGGUGCCUGCAGUUCUGAGAUGGAGCCCAGUAUCAGCCUAUUGGCAAGAGGUUGGGACCAAUGGUGGUUGUUGGGAAUUGGUAAGGGGAGGGAAGGAAUGCAAUUCUGGGCUCAAUCAAUAGUUGGCUUUAAAUUAUCCUUAGCAGGCUCUUGGAGCAAGUCCAGCUGGGAAGUUAAAAAUUGUCCUUUUCUAGUGGUCCGGGUUCUCCCAGGUAAACACACGGGUUGUAAGCACUACAGCCAUCAUGCCACCAACCCCACCCUGCAGCUGCCCUUCCUGUCCUGGCAGCCACUCACAUUUUGAUGGGCUUUGAAGGGAAAGCAAAAAGAAAAACAGUCCUGGGAAGAGGAUUUAGCCAGCUGAAGAGACACCACAAAGCUGGUGGUGGUGUGGGAUGCCUUGGCCUGGAGCUGCUGAGGAGGCACAAGGAAGCUGUUUGCUCCCUGGGUUGUUGGGAUGAAUUUAAUUCAUCUUGAUGGCAGGUGGUGGAACAGGCCAAGACUUGGGCAAUCCUUGGCUCUCUGUGCUGUGCACACUUCCAGCAUGGUUCUUUUCUUUAAUUGCACCUGGAUAUUGACUUUUUCCCUGGCUCUGUCAUUUCAGAUUUCCAACUUUUUGUUGUAUGCAUAUGUAUAUGUGUGUACAAUGUAUUGAUUUAAUAUAUAUUUAUCUAUACAAUAUAUAUUUAGAUAUUUUACAUAAAUAUUUUAAUGUAUUGUGCUAUU